AAACCUGGACGGCGGCGGUCGGCGUGCGUGGGAGUGCGGCUCCUCGGGGAACCCCGGAACCCAGUGUGGCAUGAUGGGGGAGGAGCGCCGUGCCCGGCGAAUCCCGAGCGGAGGAGCGCGCGGCUGCGCACCGGGUCGCCGCGCAGGCGCGCUGCCCUCUGCCGGCUCCUGAAGGCAGUGCAGGCGCUGCUCAGGUUUAGCAAUCAGAGCAAGCCUAAUUGGAGACUUAGUGUGAAGAAAUAGUAUUCUCCUUGGAGGAACUGACAGAAAUGGCAAAAAGUCUUCUGACUACAUCUCUGUCUGCAAGGAUGAAACUGUUACAAACAGGGGUGUCGCUUUAUAACACAUCCCAUGGCUUCCACGAGGAGGAAGUGAGAAAGAUACUGGAACAGUUUCCUGGCGGCUCCAUUGACCUCCAGAAGAAGCAGAAUGGCAUUGGCAUUCUCACUCUGAAUAACCCCAGUAAAAUGAACGCCUUCUCAGGUGUCAUGAUGCUACAACUUUUGGAAAGGGUGAUUGAACUGGAAAAUUGGACAGAAGGGAAAGGCCUCAUUGUCCACGGGGCAAAAAAUACUUUUUGCUCAGGAUCUGAUCUGAAUGCUGUGAAAGCACUCUCCACUCCAGAGAAUGGAGUGGCCUUAUCUAUGUUCAUGCAGAACACCUUAACAAGAUUAAUGAGACUACCAUUAAUAAGCGUUGCUCUGGUUCAAGGCUGGGCAAUGGGUGGAGGAGCAGAAUUUACCACAGCGUGUGAUUUCAGGUUAAUGACUGCAGAGAGUGUGAUCAGAUUUGUCCACAAGGAGAUGGGUAUAGUUCCAAGCUGGGGUGGUGCCAGCAGGCUGGUUGAAAUCAUCGGUAGCAGACAAGCUCUCAAAGUGUUAAGUGGGACCCUCAAAGUGGACUCCCAGAAAGCUGUAAAUCUAGGCUUGGCUGAUGAGGUCUUACAGUCUUCUGAUGAAGCUAAGGCUCUCAAAGAGGCCGAAGAGUGGCUAGAGCAAUUUGUCAGUGGGCCUUCAGAAGUCAUUAGAGGGUUAAAAAAGUCUGUCUGUUCAGGCAGAGAGCUGUACUUAGAGGAAGCGCUACAGAAUGAAAGAGAUGUUUUAGGAACACUGUGGGGUGGCCCUGCAAACUUAGACGCUAUUGCUAAGAGAGAGAAACAUACUAAAUAGUUUCUAAGGUGUGGGUGUACUACAAGCUAAAGCUGCAGUGAGAACAUGGUGGAAGUGAAGUGACGUUUAAAGUGAGCAGAACACUUGACGCUGACUGUUAAUAUGUUUAUUUGGUUUCGGUGGUGUUUUCUAUAUCUCAAUUUGUUGGUUUUUCUUUAACAUUCACUUAAAUCAUUUUUUUUUUACCAAUUUGUACAUUCCUAUAGUAAUUCUUAUCCUAGAACCAAGGAUCAAUUCUCAAACAGAAAGCCUAACUUUAAGCUUAUCCUUGGUGACAUACUUAUUCAUCUAAAUAUUAAGGCAUGGUGUUAUACCUGUCAUGUAGCCAGGGUGGCCUUGAAUUUCUAAUGCCUCUGCCACUACCUUCCAAAUGCUAGUAUAUACUAUUGUGUCUGGCCAUUUUGUUCUUUCUUAAAGUUGAUUUAAUUUACAAAAACAAAAUAAAAAGACCUCAGUAAAGUUUUCAUAUGAAGCAAACAUCAAGGAGGAAUAAAGUAGUCAUUUCUGCUCUGUAGACUUAAGGGUACUUAUUGGUGGGAAAUGGCCCUUCAUUGAAAAAAACGUACACUUUUUGCUGAGUUUGGAGCUUUAGUUGGUCUUUUUAAACCAUAUUUCAAAUGAACCAAUGAACAGUGAAAGCCAGUACACAGAGCAAGCACUCACUGGCUGUACAAAGUAGCUUUGCAUUGUUCUCUGGACUUCUUCAGCCAAUGGUAAAACAAUAUUGUCAAUGGGGUUUAUAACUGAAACUAUUAAAGAUCUGUGAAGCUAA